AUGUCAUAUAUUGUUACAGAAAAAGCAAAAUCAUGGAUUCAACAAUCCAUGGGUACCGAAAAUUGCAUCAUCACCAUAGAAAAUACGACUAUGAAAGGAGAAGGUUACGUCGGAGAUUUAAUUUUUGCAAAAGUUGAACUUCCGUUCAGUGAAGCUAAAGUGGGAGACAGAACUGUGUUUAUAGUUUUAAAACGUAAUAAUCAGGAUCCAUCAGUUCAAAAACUAAUUCCUGUAGUGCACGAAUUCUGUAGAAGGGAAGUAUAUUUGUAUAGUACAAUUUUUCCAGCAUAUCAAAAGUUUUAUAAAAAUAAAACACUGCAGGAUGACUAUUAUAUAGUUCCAAAGUGUUACAAAGCCUUUUUGGAGGGCGAAAAUAACGUUGUUGUUUUAGAAAAUCUUAAAAGGAAAGGUUAUGUGCUGCAACAAAGAGAUAAGACAAUGAACUCCGCUCAAAUCAAACUGUGUUUAAAAUCUUACGUCAAAUUACAUGGUUUGGCCUUUGCCAUGGGGGAUCAAACUCCAAAUGAAUUUAAAAUGUUGUCUAAAGACUUGCCUCCUUUGAUUAAAGAGGCAUUUGCUCAUUUUAAACCAGUCUUUGGGAGGAAAUCAAUUGCUAUAAUUGAUGCAUUAAAAGAAGUUGGAAGAGAAGACUUAUCAGUUAAAUUUGAAAAUUAUAAUAGGGAAAACAGUAUCUUUAAUCGCUAUGUUGGGGCUGCCGAUACUACCGUGGAGGAAAAAGUAAUUAUUCAUGGUGACUGCCAUAAUGCUAAUAUGCUGUUCCUAUCCAAGGACAACGACAUAAGUAAUCCCGAACAUGUAGCUCUGAUUGAUUUCCAAGUAACGUGCCUUCAUUCACCUAUAAUGGAUCUUUCUUACUUUCUUUAUAUAAACCUAUCAUGUGAAGAUUUGCCACAAUUCAAAGAAUUUGUAGAAUUUUAUUACAGCGAAUUAUCGUCUUUUUUGACAAAACUAGGCAGUGACGUAAAUAAAUUGUUCCCAAAGCAUGUUAUGCAAGAACACUUAAGAAAAUUUGUGCAUUAUGGAUUUUGUUUAUCCGUAGCGUUGUUGGAACUCCUAUAUAUAAAGAAUGAAGAUGCACCUCCUUUUAUUGAUGAGGAAACCAAUGAGAUGAUGGGAGGUCUUAAAGACCUUAAGUUGAAGUCAAGGGAAGAAUACUUGAGACAUCUUGUUUCUAUAGUGGAUAGCUUCUUUAAUAGUGGAUAUAUA